GGCAGCGGAGCUCUGCAGGCGCACAGCAGGAACCCGAGAGGGACACGUGACAUGCUGACCAGGGGACCGGACCGCGGGGGACGGGGGACGCAGGGGACACGACGCUGAGCGGCCCGGUCGGCUUUGGAGAUGAACGUUUACGAUGUGAGGAUGCGCGUUCUGAUGGCGGCGGUCUGUCUCUGCCACUGCGUCUUCGCACAGCUGAUGGACGCCAAAGCGAAAGGAGCGCCGCCGCGUCUCAUCUGCAGCGUCCCCGGGGCGCCGGGCCCCGCCGGAAAACCAGGGCCCGCCGGGCCCCCGGGAGCAGGUGGGAAUGUGGGCAUCCCGGGAAGAGAUGGCAGAGAUGGCAGGAAGGGUGAAAGGGGAGAAAAGGGAGACGCAGGCUUGAAGGGCAGAGUCGGCCUGACGGGAAAGGUCGGGGGCCGAGGCGAUCGCGGGCCGGCGGGGAAGCGAGGCCCCGCGGGAGAGGACGGAGACGUGGGCCCUCCGGGACCUCGGGGCCGCGCCGGGGACAAAGGCGGCCAGGGCCGAGGAGGGCCGCCCGGCACCGCGGGGACCUGCAAGUGUGGCAGCCUGCUGCCGAGAUCGGCCUUUUCCGUGGGCAUCACCAGCAGCUACCCGGCGGAGAAGACCCCCAUCAAGUUCAACAAGGUCCUCUUCGACGAGGGCGGACACUACGACCCGCUGACGGGCAAGUUCAUCUGCGCCUACCCGGGGAUUUAUUACUUCUCCUAUCACAUCACGCUGGCCAACAAGCACCUGGCCAUCGCCCUGGUGCACAACGGGCAGUAUCGCAUCAAGACCUUCGACGCCAACACGGGGAACCACGACGUGGCGUCCGGCGCCACGGUGAUGUCCCUGAACCCGGAGGACGAGGUGUGGCUGGAGAUCUUCUUCCACGACCAGAACGGACUGUUCGCAGACCCCGGCUGGGCCGACAGCUUGUUCUCUGGCUUCCUGCUCUACGCAGACAAAGACUACUUCGACGCACUGGCAGAGGACUACUCAUGAGGCCCAUAUACACUUAGGCUCUUUAUUAAAGAUGUGGCCAGACUAGAUUUUUGUACAGACGUGUCUACUGCUAGAUGGGUUAUUCCUAUAGAAAAAUAUCUACUGAUUUGAAAUGUUAUUUGCUUAAGCCACAACAGGUGUUUGAUGUAAUCGUUUUGACGAGUUGGAUCUAUUAUAACUUUAAGAGACUUGUUGAUUGACUUUUAUGUAAACAAAGGUAUGAAUAUACCUCGAAUAACAAGAUAAAACGUAAUGUUUUUUACAGAAAAUAGUAAAAAAUAGCUGAAGGACAAUAUUGCGUCUCAAUAGUCUGGCAGCCCUUUGGGUGAAUGGGAAUGCAGGAUAACGGAAUGCAGGAUAAUGGAAUGGGCCAGCGGUUCGCAGGCUGUUUUGCAGCUCUUGAGGCCUUUACAAAAAUUAAAAUGGUAAAGUAUAUCCAAAGUCAACCCUGCCAAACGCUCUCAUAUAGGCUCAAACACGGGUUCUUUCAGUUGUGUAAUUCUCAGAAUGUCCACUGGGGCGAAAAUACCUCAUUUAAUUCCACUUGUGUCCACUGGGGGAGUCUUGUUACGGUGUUCAGAGUAUCUAACUUUCUGUAACUUCCUGUUCAUGUGUCAGUUGGGC